AUGGAGACUAACACAAGUCGGAUGGUUACCUUGAAUGGGUCCAAUUAUCAUGUGUGGAAAGGGAAGAUGGAAGAUCUCUUGUAUGUGAAGGAUUCUUAUUUGCCCGUGUUUACCGAUGAGAAGCCGUCGGAUAAAACCGAUAAAGAAUGGGAGCUUUGUCAACAGUCGAUAGCCCAGCAGAAGUACGUGCCCGAGUCGGAUGUUUGGGCCUUGGGUUGCUCGGUUCUACACAUGCUCACCGGAAAACAACCAUGGACUUUCGACAGCAAGGCCCAGCCAAAGGAUGUUCUCUUCAAGAUUGGGUGCAGUGACCAGAUUCCCAAGAUUCCAACAAACAACAGAAUAAUAUCCAAAGAGGCUAAAGAUUUUCUCACAAAGUGUUUGGUGAAAGAUCCGACGGCCAGGUGGAAACCCGAUAUGCUUCUCGACCAUCCCUUUGUCAAAAAAGCCGACCCACCAACACUUGCCGGAAAAUACAGUCAUCAUCAUCACCACCAUAGAUUGUCUCAUGGCAUUCACUCUUUGGUGCCUCACUGUUUUCACCACCCAAAAGUGCAGGCCUGCUGA